AUGGCUUGGGAAGAUUGUAAAGGGUUUGAAAGAACUUUACAACAAAGCUUAGAAAAGAUUCGUGUUAAUGCGACUUGGCUUAAACGUGAUUCAAAAUACGUUGAGGAAUGGUUAAGUGCUAUUGGUUUCUUGAAAUGA